AUGUCAGUAAUCAAGUUGGGUUCGGGUAGUUUACGUGAAUUACGAAUUCAUUUAUGCCAAAAAUCAGCAACAAGUUCUGGCGUGCGAAGUUUUAUCGAAAAUGAUUAUUUUGCGUUAAAAAAAGCGAAUUCCGACUUUCCAAUACUCAUUCGUGAAUGUUCCGGUAUUACUCCACGAAUUUGGGCCAGAUACGAAUAUGGUGUGGAAAAGUAUGUUUCGUUGGAAAAUGCAACUCGUGAAAAUGUUGGAAAUAUAAUAAAACAACUUGCAAGUGAUCAGCCAACAACAUCUUCCUAA